AUGUUAAUCUCGUUCUUUCUUCAUUUUGCUUUCGAUUUUCAUUCAUUCUUUAUUUCUCCUUCCCUUCUUUCUUUCUUUCUUUCUUUCUUUCUUUUGAAAUUGCCUGAUUUAUUUUAUUCAUUCUUUCUUCCAUUUCUUUCUUUUUUCUAUCUUUCCAAAUUGCUUGAUUUAUUUUAUUCUUUCUUUCUUUCUUUCUUUCUUUUUUUUAGCUUUCUCUUUGUUUGUUUGUUUCUUUCUUUCUUUCCAAAUCGCUUGAUUUUCUUUGUUUUUUUUGUUUGUUUGUUUCUUUUUUCUAUCUUUCCAAAUUGUUUGAUACAUUUUAUUAUUUGUUUAAUUGCUUCAUUUGUUUGUUUGUUUCUUUUUUCUAUCGUUCCAAAUUGUUUGAUACAUUUUAUUAUUUGUUUGUUUCUUUCUUUCUUUGCAAAUUGCUUGAUUUCCUUUGUUUCUUUGGUUGUUUGUUUGUUUGUUUCUUUUUUCCACUUUCCAAAUUGCUUGAUUUAUUUUAUUAUUUGUUUGUUUGUUUGUUUCUUUCUUUCUUUCUUUUCAAAUUGCUUGGAUUUCUUUGUUUGUUUCUUUUUUCAUCGUUCCGAAUUGCUUCAUUUGUUUGUUUGUUUCUUUCUUUCUUUCUUUCUUUCCAAAUCACUUGAUUUUCUUUGUAUCUUUGGUUGUUUUUUUGUUUCUUUCUUUUUUUCCAUCUUUCCAGAUUGUUUGAUAUAUUUUAUUAUUUGUUUGCUUAUUUUGUUUUUUUUUAUUUGUUUGUUUGUUUCUUUGUUUUCAAAUCUCUUGAUUUUCUUGGUUACUUUUUUCAUCAUUCCGAAUUGCUUCAUUUCUUUCUUUUUUCUUUCUUUCUGUCUUUCUGUCUUUCUUUCCAAAUCGCUUGAUUUUCUUUGUUUCUUUCUUCAUCGUUCUGAAUUGCUUCAUUUCUUUCUUUUUUCUUUCUUUCUGUCUUGCUUUCUUUCUUUCUUUUCAAAUCGCUUGAUUUUCUUUGUUUCUUUUUUCAUCAUUCCGAAUUGCUUCAUUUCUUUCUUUCUUUCUUUCUUUCUUUCUUUUCAAAUCGCUUCCCAGAUUUCUUUGUUUGUUUCUUUCUUUCUUUUCCCCGAAUUGCUUCAUCUCAUUCUUUCUUUAUUUAUAUCGUUCUUUCUUUCUUCUCAUUCUAUUCAUCUCACUUUUCCAACGUUCCUUCUUCCUUUUUUUUCUUUUGCCUUCACUUCGAAGUUUUUUCUUCGUCAAAUAUAUAUAUUUUUUACGGAACUUCUUCAUUUUCUUCUUUUACCUAAACUUCAGAAUUCGUUAUCUGUGGGUUUUUUUUUCUCUUCUAAAUUUCACUUAUAUUUUUCUUCAUCAUCUUCGUCUGCUUCUACCUCUUCUUCAUACCAACUCCUUCUUAUAUUUCUUUUUUCUUUAUUUUCUUCUUUUUCGCAUUUCUUCUAUAAUCAUUUUUUAUUCAGUUCUAAUUAUUUUUCUUUCCCCCAAAAAACCGGACUGCUUCCUUUCUGUUAUCCUCUUCACCACAUAACUAUUCUUUUACAUCUUCUUCCAAUCAUAUAUAACUACAUAUUCUUUUCGAAUAAGCCUUUCUUUUCUUCUUUGUCAGUUUAUUUUUUUCUGUGUCUUCUUUGUCAUAUUCCUUCCUUCUCAAAUUUCUAUACCGUUUUCUAUUUUUUAAAACAUUCAUAUUGCUUCCCUUUUUAUAAUUCCUUUGUAUUCUUCUUCGCCUACCAGGUUCAAGCCUCUUCUUUUGGUGCCCUCCAUUUUCAUUCUUUUCUUCGUUCAGUAAACGGGCAUUAUUUAUUCUGGAAACAAUUGGAUGAUUUAUGCAUUUUCAAUAAUAACAUUACAAUUCAUAAUAAUGUACUUCAGCAGUUUAUUAUCUAUCUAUCUAUCUAUCAAUCUAUCUAUCUAUCUCGAAUUGUUCAUAUUAUCUAUCCUUCUAUCUCAGUCUGUUCACAUCUAUCUAUCUAUCUAUCUCGAUCUGUUCACAUUAUCUAUACUUUUAUCUCAGUCUGUUCACAUCUCUCUCUCUCUCCCUCUCUCUCUAUCUCGAUCUGUUCACAUUAUCUAUCCUUCUAUAUCAGUCUGUUCACAUCUAUCUAUCUAUCUAUCUAUCUAUCUAUCUAUCUAUCUAUCUAUCUAAAUCUAUUUCUAGGCAUAUUUUUUCUCUAUCUAUCUAUCUAUCUAUCUAUCUAUCUAUCUAUCUAUCUAUCUAUCUAUCUAUCUAUCUAUCUAUCGCAGUCUCUUAUCUAUCUAUCUAUCUGCAUAACUUUUUAUUCAUCUAUCUGA